UGGAACUGGAGGAGAAUUCUUUCUUAAUCCUUAUAACAACACUCUGUUGACAGCCUUCCCUAUAUUGCGCUUUAUGCCUGGACAACUGAGGGACAACUUCCGAAAGCAAUGCCAUGUGUAUGACAGAAUAGCGCAAAGAUAUUUUCAUGAUGUUAAGAAAACGUAUGUCCCAGGACGUCUCAGGGGCGUCGUAGAUGUUUAUCUAGAUGAACAAAGGAAACAAAUGGAGGCCGGAAGUGACGUUUUCUUAACCGAUGACCUGAUUAUUGCUCAGAUUGUCGAAACCGUUGACACAGGUGUCAUGACAACAUGGACAACACUGACCAAUUCCAUGUUGGUCUUGUGUAACUAUCCAACAUAUCAAACAAAAAUCCAAGCGGAACUGGACGAGGUUAUUGGGAAGGACAGGACUCCAACAUAUAAAGAUAGGGGCAAAUGCACGUUCUUUUUGGCUUUUGAAAUGGAGGUGCAUCGUUUUUUACCAGUCCUUCCACUCAAUUUACCCCAUGUAUCACGCUCACAUGUCGAGUUUGAGGGAUAUGACAUCAAACCUAACAGCACGAGGGUUCCGUUUACUUUGGCCAAAAAGAUCGGGACGUCCCAUGAAGAAGCUCCACAAGAGAGUGUCCUUGCAAAGUCUCUCGCAGGUCCGUCAGGCUCAAUCCCAUUCCUAAUCACAACAAGCCGACCAUUUCAUGUCGUAGCACAAUUGUUUAAGCAAUUACCAGCAAGGAAUUGA